UUCAAAUAGGAUGAAAAGAAGUGCAUAUGUCAACUAAGGUUCUGAAGGAUGUGUAGGAGUUUGCUGGCGUGCCCAGCCCUACAGGGGGAAUGUCUUAGGCAUUUGCUCAGAUACACAGAAACUGAGGUUGUAUGUUAGGAGCACUGUGUGAGGACAGUGGGCUGCAGAGGCAGAAGGACCCUGGCUGCAGCACUGGGGGACUGCGGAACACGGAAGGUGUUAAAGCAGAGGCCACGGGAGGUACUGGAAGUGAGGGCCCCGUUCCGUUUUCUCCUGCACGCAGUUGAUGAUGGCUCCGUCCGUUUCCUCCAGAGUUAUUUUCACCUCCUUCCUGUUUGUCUCUGGCAGCUCAGUGAGAUGGGUCGGGCACCAGACUCAGCCCCCCACCCCCACCCCCGGUUGCUCCCCGGAAACCACAUGUCAGAGCUGUGCCCAGCACGCAGCUCCAGUCCUCCCAGUUACCCACUCCCACAGAUCCAGAGAGAUCCAGAGAGGUGGAGGCUGGGUCUGGCCUCACCCAGGAGCCUGUGCAGGCCACUCCCUCCUGGAGAGCUACUGGGCUUAUCUGGACUCCCGGGUGGAGGCUGAGUCUGCUUUUCUGGGGAAAUCUUAAUCUCCGGCCUUUCUUUACCCAGGCAUCCUUGGAGACCUGGUCCGCAUGCGCGGGGUCAUCAGCUAACUGUGACCCCCCAAACCUGUAUAGGACACGCACUGGUGCUCUGCGUGCACCAGCCUCUGGGCCUGGGUUUUUUAAAACAGGACAAGAACAGAGUCCCCAGAGAUUCCGGGGCAUUUAAGGCUGCAACUGGGGGUGGACACAGGGCCCUCAAAGGCUCUUUCUCUGAAGCCUUCCUCUGCCCUGAGCAUCCAACUCCCAGCCUCAGUUUACCCGAAAACCCCACCCUCACAUCCAGUCAAAUUCCUCCUCUGUGGUUAGGAAACAGCCCUUGAGCUAGCCUAUGGAGAUAUGAGGGGUGGGGUUGUUCCCAGAGAGAGGCGGGGCCUGAUGACCGGCCUAAGCCGGUUUGGCUGUCGACUAUCCCCCUAAGAACUCCCAGGCACUGAGGACCCAGGUCCCUUGACCACGUACUAGCGUUCUGUCCCUCCAUACAUUACUGAGCAAUGUGUGUCUGUGGGACUCUGCAUCCAGCGCUGGACCACGACCCCCAGUGCUGCCAGACUCGCGCCGGAGACCUCCUCGAGGCCCGCCGGCCACUGGCCCAUGAGUGCCUGGGUGAAGCUCUGCGAGUCAUGCGCCAGGUCAUCUCCAGAUACCCACUCCUCAACACCGUGGAGACACUCACAGCCGCUGGUACACUCAUUGCCAAGGUCAAAGCCUUUCAUUAUGAAUGCAACAAUGAAUCAGAUAAGAGGGAAUUUGAGAAGGCUCUGGAAACCAUUGCUGUGUCCUUCAGCUGCACUGUGUCCGAGUUCCUUUUGGGUGAAGUGGACAGCAGUACUCUCCUGGCCGUGCCUCCGGGGGACCCCAGCCAGUCCAUGGAGAACCUUUAUGGGGCUGGCACGGAGGGGCCCCCACAUAGCGUGGAGGAAUGUGAAGAAGGUUGCCUGCCCCCCGAGGAGGUGGACCUGCUUCUGCAGCGAUGCGAAGGGGGUGUGGACGCUGCACUGCAGUAUGCAAAAGACAUGGCCAGGUACAUGAAGGACCUCAUCAGCUACCUGGAGAAGAGGACCACCCUGGAGAUGGAAUUCGCCAAAGGUCUCCAGAAGGUUGUCCACAACUGCAGACAGAGCGUCACGCAUGAGCCCCACAUGCCUCUCUUGUCCAUCUACUCACUGGCCCUGGAACAAGAUUUGGAGUUUGGCCAUGGCAUGGUGCAGGCAGUGGGCACACUGCAGACCCAGACCUUCAUGCAGCCCCUGACGCUGCGGCGGUUGGAGCAUGAGAGGCGCAGGAAGGAGAUCAAAGAAUCUUGGCAUCGAGCACAGAGGAAGCUGCAAGAGGCAGAGGCCAACCUGCGCAAGGCCAAACAGGGCUACAAACAACGCUGUGAAGACCACGACAAGGCCCGGCUCCAGGUGGCCAAGGCUGAGGAGGAACAACAGGGCACAGGCCCAGGCGCAGGGACUGCAGCCUCUAAGGCCCUGGACAAGAGGCGCAGACUGGAGGAAGAGGCCAAAAACAAGGCCGAGGAAGCCAUGGCCACUUACCGCACAUGCGUGGCAGACGCAAAGACACAGAAGCAGGAGCUGGAGGACACAAAGGUGACUGCGCUGCGGCAGAUUCAGGAGGUCAUCAGGCAGAGUGAUCAGACCAUUAAGUCGGCCACCAUCUCCUACUACCAGCUGAUGCACAUGCAGACAGCACCGCUGCCCGUGAACUUCCAGAUGCUGUGUGAGAGCAGCAAACUAUAUGACCCGGGCCAACAGUACGCAUCUCACGUGCGUCAGCUGCAGAGAGGGGAGGAGCCGGACGUGCGCUACGACUUUGAGCCUUAUGUCUCUAACAACUCCUGGUCCCCAAUCAUGCGUACACGGAAGGGCAGCUUCAACCCUGGUGAUGCUUCAGGACCCGAAGCUGCUGGCAGUCCCCCCGAGGAAGGUGGCACCUCUGAGGCAGCUCCCAACAAGGACCACAGGGGGGGACGAGGUCACCAGGUUCAUAAGUCCUGGCCCAUCUCCAUCUCAGACACUGAAGUCAGUCUAGACACCAGCUCAGGGGACUUGAAGAAGUUCGAUCGAACAUCUUCCAGUGGGACGAUGUCAUCCAGUGAGGAGCUGGGAGAUCAGGAAGCUGGCUUGGUAGCCUCUGCAUUUGAUUCAGCUGACCUCAAUGGCAUGGACCCCGAGUUACCUGUGGCCAUGCCCAGUGGACCCUUCCGCCACGUGGGAUUGUCCAAGGCAGCCCGCACACACCGACUUCGCAAGCUGCGCACGCCAGCCAAGUGCAGAGAGUGUAACAGCUAUGUUUACUUCCAAGGAGCCGAAUGUGAAGAGUGCUGUCUGGCUUGUCACAAAAAGUGUUUGGAGACCCUGGCCAUCCAGUGUGGCCACAAGAAGCUUCAGGGCCGCCUGCAGCUCUUUGGACAAGACUUCAGCCAGGCAGCCCUCAGCACCCCUGAUGGGGUGCCCUUCAUUGUCAAAAAAUGUGUCUGUGAGAUUGAGCGGCGGGCACUGCACACCAAGGGGAUCUACCGGGUCAAUGGCGUGAAAACGCGUGUGGAGAAGCUGUGCCAGGCUUUUGAGAAUGGCAAAGAGCUGGUGGAGUUGUCACAGGCCUCACCCCACGACAUCAGCAAUGUCCUAAAGCUAUACCUGCGGCAGCUGCCGGAACCCCUUAUCUCUUUUCGCUUCUACCAUGAGCUGGUGGGGCUAGCUAAGGACAGCCUAAAGGCAGAAGCCGAAGCUAAGGCAGCGAGCCGGGGUCGGCAGGGCGGGUCCGAGAGUGAGGCUGCAACCUUGGCUAUGGUGGGUCGCCUGCGUGAGCUCAUGCAGGAUCUGCCAGCCGAAAACCGGGCCACACUCUUAUACCUGCUGAGGCACUUGCGAAGGAUCGUGGAAAUGGAGCAGGAUAACAAGAUGACCCCUGGGAACCUGGGCAUCGUUUUCGGGCCCACACUGUUGCGGCCUCGACCCACUGACGCCACCGUGUCCCUCUCUUCUCUGGUGGACUAUCCCCACCAGGCCCGAGUUAUCGAGACUCUGAUUGUCCACUACGGCCUGGUCUUUGAGGAGGAGCCAGAGGAGGCGCCUGGCAGCCAGGAGGGGGCAUCCACCCAGUGUGGCCAGCUGGAGUCUGCUGAGGGCAUUGUCUUCCCCCUGCAGGAGGAGGCGGAGGAUGGAAGCCGAGAAUCUCACGCGGCAUCCAAUGACUCGGACUCUGAGCUGGAAGACGCGUCUGACCCCCUUUCGUCCUCGGACGCCAGUGCUCUACACCGCCUGAGUUUCCUGGAGCAGACCGAGGCAGGCCUGGAGGAAGGUCCCCAGAGCCAUAGUGGCAGUGAGGAACAGCUGGAGGGUGAGGAUGGAGCCCCGGGUCCGCAGCUGUGUCACUUCAACACCAACCAGUCCAACAACACAUCACGGGCCCCUCUGCCCACCAUGCGGCUCCGAGGAGGGCAGAUCACAGGCGGCACCGGUCAGGAGCGGCAGCCACAGUUCGUCUGAGCUGGGUGGUGAAGGCAGGGACCAUCAGCUCACUGUCACCCUUUGACUGGGGGGGAGGGAGGUGUUCCUCACAAUGCUGAGGAACUUGAGGGAGAUCAGGGCCCCCUGGUACCAUGGACUCAGAUGGACAACGGUCCCAGAUGGAGUUGCCUGGCCUUUGUGUGCCUGUGGGGAUGCAGCUGCGGAUUCCCAUGAUGGCCUCAUCUCUCCCAUGGUCCCCAUCAGUCUGGAUGUGUCUGAGCAGGUGCAGCCCUGACUUUUGUGUGUGGAGCUGGAGGUAGCUCUGGCUUCAGGAAUCUUGUAGGAGGCUGGACAUGGACCGACGGGUGGGGGCACACAGUGGGUCUCUCCCAAGGAGCAGUAAAGGAGCUUUACACAUGAACUCACAAUUUUCUUGAAAUAAACUUCUUAACCAACUGC